UCUAUCCCAAAAUGAUGAUCCCAAAAACCACAUGUUAAUCAUUUAUACUUUUUCCCCCCCUUAUCUUCUUCAUAAGUGGCAAAGAAAAUAAAACCCCACUACCUUUGUCUAUCUACCUCUUUUUGAUUAGCCUAUUUUCUAGACAACUCCUCCCCCACCAUUUCUAAUCCCAAGACACUAAAUUUUUUCAUUACAUUGUAAAUCAAUUUCUUUUCUCCAAACAACUACAAACAUAAAAAGUAGCCUUAUAAUUUCAUUAUACCUUUUUUUGGAUUACCCUUAAUUCUUCUAUAUCUCCAUUAAUAUUCAUUCAUCAACCAAACAUGGGUAAUCCUAAUUCAAACAAUACAUAUAAGGAAAACUUAGAAGAAGGAGAAGAAAAUAACACCCAUUACCCUUUUUCCCUAGACUUAAACCUUUGUUUUAAUCCAAACAAGGAAUUAAGUGAAGAAGGUGCGGGUGAUGAAAGUGAUGAUAAAGUGACAGGGGAAGAAAUCUCACCUCCUAAUAAUAGUAGAGUAUUCUCUUGUAACUAUUGUAGGAGAAAAUUCUUUAGCUCACAGGCACUUGGAGGUCACCAAAAUGCUCAUAAAAGAGAAAGAAGUAUUGCUAAAAGAGCUGUGAGGAUUGGUGCUUUUGCUGACAAGCAUGUAAGUUUAGCAUCUCUUCCUCUUCAUGGUUCUCCUUAUACUUCAUUCCCACUUACAUCUAGACCGUCCAUUAAUAUUCAAGCACAUCAUGGGUCUAUGAUGGCUAUGGUGCACCCUCAUCAUCAAUAUCAUGAUCAUCAGAGAGUAAUGCCCUUAAAUGGGGGUGGUGGGCCAGCAGCAAAAUUUGAAGGGCAAAAUGGGUAUUUCAUAAGAGGUAUCCCAGUCUUUAAUACGGUGCCGUUUUGGCCAGGAAGUUUUAGGCAGGUGGAUGAUGAAGCUGAAAGUUCAGCUGUUUUAAUUAAUAAUAAUAAUAAUAAUAAUAAUAAUAAUAAUAAUAAUAAUAAUAAUAAUAAUGGUUAUUACUCCUAUUAUUCAUUUGAAAAUAAUGAUUCUUGUCCUGAUCUUACCUUAAAAUUAUGAUUAUAUGAAUUAAAAAAUUCUUUUGGGUUUCUUUAGUUUUUAUUAAUCUUAUUAUAAUAUGUGGGUAAGAUUUUUAUUGCAUGAUCAAAUCUGAUUAGGUUUGUGUAGGAGCCUCUUUUUAUAAUAAAAUUGAUAAUUAAAUCUUCUUUUUUGAAGUGUCAUUUUCUUUCCUUGAUUUGGUUUAAGAUUAAAGUAGAUUUGAAGAUCCUUUGUAACAAGGACUCCCUAUCAUUUCUCAUUGCUUUUAAAAAAUACAAACUCAAGUGUAAUAAAAAAAAAAUAAGUUUAUUUAAGUAUAUAUUUUAUAUUUAUUUUUGUAAUUCUUUGUAAAAUAAAUUAUGUAAAGUUUGACAGAGAAUAUGUUAUAGAACUUCAACUAUAAACUUAAUUAAAAAUUUUUAGUUAAAUUAAUUUUUUAACAUGAUAUCCAAAGCCAAUUGUUAGAGUAUAAGCUUUUGGUUGAGUUGGUUCCUUAACAUAGUAUUAGAAGCCAACGUGAGAGAUCACGGGUUCGAAUCUCAACCACCCUUCAUUUAAAGUGGAAUAUUCAGCGCCUAUGCGCAUCCACACUUCUAGCCCAAUGGGGUCUCGUGUGAGGGGGCGUGUUAGAGUAUAUAACAUAUCUUGGGGCCUCAACCAUCAGCUUAAGCUUUUGGUUGAGUUGGUUCCUUAACACCAAUAAGAAAAAUAUAAUAGGGUAUUUAAAAAAUACCAUGGGCUAUAGCUAUCAAUUUAAGUUUAUGUUUGAAGACUUAUUAUAAUAUCUAUAUACACUAUUAGUUUUAUCGUUUGGAAAUAUAGAUUAUUUAUUCAUUUCACAAAUAAUCAUAAUAAAUUUAGAUUUUCUUUAACUAUUUUUAGCAUGAACUUUGGGUUAUAGAAGUUCAAAUAAUGCACAUCGAGUGCUCGAUAAUUUUAUUUAUUUAGAUGAAUCUUAAUAAUCGCUUAUGCUAAAGUGAAAAAUAAAUAAAUAUCCAUCAAAUUCUUUGAUUUGUAUCAUAUAAUUAAUUGUCAAAUAAUUAACUUAAUUAAAAGUGUAAUUGUAAAAUCUUAUAAUUUAUAUUUUUGGAGCAAAAUAUUUAUUUAAGUAGUGGCAUAUCGUCAAAGAGUCAUUGGCCAUCCAGAAAAGGAUAGAUUAUUGGCUCAUCAGUAUUAUUGCCUAUUUGGUAACAAAGCCUACAUCAACAUGACCUUUGCUAAUCUGGCUGACCUUUUAUCGUUUCAUCAUUUAUUGAUCGUUACUCCCUCCCUCUCAUGUAUAUUACUAUAUUUUUAUUUUGGUCCGUUUUUUAAAAUUUGCUAUAUUUUUAUUUUUGAUUAUAAUUUAUACUCUUAAUUUGCUCAAAUUUUAUCUUUAUACCAAAUGUUAAGAACAAUAUAUAUUACUACAUUAUUUAUUAAUCAUUGCGUACUAUUAUUCAUUAAUCAUUAUAACUACUUUUUAUGAAUCAUUAAAAUACUCAUAUUAAUGUAUUAUACUUAUGUGGCGUAGGAAUAUUGCUGCAUAAAAUUUGGUUUUAGUUGGAUAGGUUGGGACUCGGAGAGUAUAUAAGAAAAAUUGAAAUUGUAUGGAUUAUAUUAAAAAAGACAAAAUAUAUAAAUAUUUGAUUGAGAUAUAAUAAAAAUAAUGAAGUUAUUAUUCGCUAUUUUUUUGGUCAUUCUCAAACCCGCUUGAUGAUCUAGAAAAAACUUAGUAUCGUAUUUGUUAGUUUUAGAGUAUAUAUAACAUCAAUUAGACAAUUACUAUGUUUGUGCUCAUAUCAUUCAUAGGCUUUGUGCAAUGCUCGGAGAGAACUAGGCUACGUUACACCAAAACUCUUGCAAAAAUGGCUAAGAGUGAGCUUCAAAGAACCUGUUAGGAUCAAGAUCGAGCCCAAAUUUU